UGUCUCUCGAAAACCCGAAUACUUACGACGACGCUGGCAGCAGAUAACAAUCGCUACUGGAAGGGACGGCUCCAUUCGAAUCGUCCACCUAGUAGGCUUCUUGUUUCUCCACAGGGCUCCAAUUUUAUGAUAAUAAUGGAUGCUGUUGGCGCUAUUGGCAGUAUUGUCCAGAUACUGGAUGCAACGGCCAAGUUGAUCGAUUAUCUGAAAGAUGUUCGCGCCGCAGAGAAGCAGAUCUUAAGUUUCCAGGCCGAGAUUGAAGUUAUUCGCUACAUUUUAUGUGCUCUCAACACAUCGGUCGACGAAAAUCCGAAGAUAUUUCAUGUAACAUUAACAGUCAUUGGUGCGGAAGACGGAAUCCUUUACGAAUUUAACUCGUUCCUCGUCAGCUUCAAAGGGAAAUUAGUGGCGAAACCAGGAAGGAAAUUAUUAUGGCCUUUCGACAAAUCCCGCAUAAAACAGGACCUUGAAAAGAUACAAAGAUACAAGACCAUUCUUAUUUGUGCUCUUCUAAAUGAUUCCAUACUAUUAACGAAGGAAAUUAAAGACGGGGUCGACAUAAUUAAACACGGUGUUGAAGAGAUUACCCACAGUGUUGAUAGCAUAUCAACAGCACUCGAACAACAAAAAAAGCAUGAUGUUCUCGAGUGGCUAUCUCCAUCGCGGCGCAUUGACUUUUCUCAACAACAAGCAGCACUUACAGCUAAAAGGGCCAAAAACACUGGACGAUGGCUAAUAGAGUCCGAGCCGUUCAGGCUGUGGCUAGAUGGAAAACAAGACUCGAUAAUUCUGAAGGGCGGCGGCGGCAUGGGCAAGACAAUGCUGGCGAGCACGGCCAUCGAGUAUCUCACAAGACUCACUGCAAUCAGGCCAGAGAGAAGUGCAGUAGCAUAUGUAUUUGGAAACUGGGCUCACGCUGAUAAAUUUAACGCCCAAAACUUACUUGCGAGUCUGCUGAAACAGCUUCUUUCAGUGAAGGGUAUCAAACUGCCAGAGACGUUAGAGGAGCUGCACUCCUCUAAAAACUAUCCUACUUACUCUCAGCUAUGUCGCCUGCUUCAAUUGGAAGCUGGAAGAUUCUCAAAGACUUUUAUUGUUAUCGAUGCACUCAAUGAACUUGACGAAGAGACUCAGGAUAAGUUACUGAAGAUUCUCAGUGAGUUGCAAACCAGCUUUGCAAUAAAGUUGAUGGUAACGUCUCGGGAUCCGUAUCGAAUUUUGCAGUAUAUCGCAUCGGCCACGCAGCUUGAUACUCGAGCAACUAAAGAAGACCUUAACCUGUGGAUGGACGAAAGUCUGAGAGCGUUACCACCUGGCUGUUUUGUUGCCAAGUCGCCGCUUGAAACCCACCAAAAAAUUAAGGGCACACUAGCGCAGGCUGCCGACGGCAUGUUCCUUUUGGCAAAACUCAGUAUGAGUGCUAUUUCGAAGGUUUCGAACCGCAAAAAGCUUAAUCAGGCUUUAGAGUCUAUAGCAAGCGGUGGCUAUUCGUUGGAUGAUGGAUACAAUGAUACAAUGAAACGCCUGAAGGCUCAAUCCAGCGGAAUGCUGACCGAUUCGAUCAUAUUACUAUCUUUCGUAACCCAUGCUUCUAGGGAACUCACAGUCUCAGAGCUAGAGCACGCACUAGCAAUUGAAGUCAACGAGUCAUCCUUCGACACAGACAAUAUUUCAGACUUGAGAGAAGCUAUUGAUUCAUGUAGUGGACUUCUUGAGAUUGACCCCGAGGAUCAAAAGGUCAUGCUGGUCCACCACACCGCCAAGGAGUAUUUUGAUCGUACAAAAGAAACGCAUUUCCCUGAUGCAAGCGCAAUGAUUACCGAGAGAUGCCUCGCAUAUCUUUCUGACAGUAAUCUAACGGAUUCAUGUCAAUCUUAUGAAAGCUACAAUUUGAGAGUAGCGUCCUUCCCGUUUUUAGAGUACGCUGCACAAAAUUGGGGAUUUCAUGCUUCCCAGGGAGAAGUUCAGAGGACUCUAAGUGCAAAUAUUUUAGCCUUUCUACGCAAGACAUCUAAUGUCGCGUGUUCUGCCCAGGCACUGCUUCAGUCUCCGGACCACUGGUGGUAUGUUCAUGGAUCAAUUGAGCCACAGAUGUCCCAGGAUAUCUCAGGACUUCACAUCUGUGCAUGGUUUGGACUUCUUCUUACAGCAACUCAACUCAUCGAAGAGGAAGUAGAUGUGAAUAUUACCGACCAUAAUCAAAGGGGUCCCUUGUGGUAUGCUGUUUACAACAGGAAGAAAGAAGCUGUCACAUUGUUGCUGAAAAACGGGGCAGAAACUUCAACUGAAGGCCCUCUGUUGCCAGUUUUUGAAGAAUGUGUCAGGAGCAGUGACCCAGAGAUUGUCGAAAUUCUGGGCGGCUUCCAGAAUUACAGCGCUGAUUGCUGCGGCGACAUGUUGAAGCUAGCAGCCCAAAAUCCUCACUGUGGUGCCGACAUGGCGGAGCUGGUGCUCAAUUCAUACCCCAGCGUUCCAAUAGAGGAAAUAUAUGAAGGGUUCAUACUAUCAAGUGCGUCCAACCACUUGUGUGGCAAAUCCAUUUUAAGCAUGCUCAUCAACCGUGGGUGGAAGAUUCCUGUUGAUCUGAACAUAAUCAGGGUCUUAUCAGAAAAUAUGUCAUCCGGAGCAGAUAUUCUUAAAUGUUUAUUAUCUCAGGGUGAUAUCGAUCCCGAUCCUUCUAUUUUUGAGGUUGCGGCUUGUGGGUUGGCAAGCGAUGUUAUGGAAGCACUCCUGGAUUAUCAACCGGAAUUUCAAUUUAAUGUGGAUAUACUCCCACUCACGGCGCGGGGUAAUGAGGAGAUGUUCCUCACGGUCCUCAGGCGCCAUCCACAUUUCGAAGUUACGCAACAAAUGCUGGAUAGGCUGGUUCAAAAUACUGCUCUAGGAUCGGCAGCAAUGGAAGCGCUUCUCGAACAUGCACCGCCAGGGACUCUGAAAAUCGACGACGGUAUCGUCAUGUCCGCUCUUAAAGCUACAUACAAUGGAUCUCAUCUUAUACCAUGGCUUCUAAGCCACUAUGAAAAUCCCCAGGAAAAAAUCUCGGAGAAGAUAUUGGUAGCGGCGGUGGGAGGCAACGAUGCUAUCAGAAUUCUCAGUAUUAUCAAGUCAUUCGAACCAACAUUCAGGGUGACCUCUAGGAUGCUCUUAGUUGCUGUAUCAGGUCUCGGGACAUAUACUACAUCAAGAAGCGAGGUGCUUCAGUGGCUAUUGCAGCAUGAUCCAACUUGCAGGAUUGACGAAGUUUCCAUGGUUGAGUUCCUCAAGCCCGGUAACAGCAUUUCAUUUGACAUGCUACUAUCUUAUCAGCCGCAACGGCUCACAUGUCCCCUGGUUUUUGCCUGUGCCAGGUCCGUAGAGGCCUUGGAAUUGCUCAUACGCCAAGGAGAGGAUAUUUCCGAUCCAGAUAUUAUCGACGCCAUGACAGAAGCUGUUCUGAGGACGGGUCGUGAUGAGGACUGGAUUUCCAAAAUGCUAGGCCAUAUUCAAAAGCAACGCCUGCGCAUUACAUCCGCUUCAUUAAAAGCUGCGGCUGCGAAUAAGAACACGUCUGGUGCUAUAAAGUGGGUCUUAGACUACGAUUCCACUUUAGAAAUACCUUCUGAACUCUUCGAAGAGGUAGCAUGGACGCCUGCUAGUGCUCCAAAGUUGGAACUCUUAGAAAAGAGGAAUAGAGGAGUUGAAAUGACGGAACGAUUGUUUAUAGCAUCAGCAAAGUCUAAGGAUGUAAGAACUCUUCGAUGGGCGCUAGACCGAUCUGAUGUUGUGCAUAUUACACCUCGAGCCCUGGAAUAUGCAGCAGGCGUGUAUUCCUACAAAACGGACAAUGUUACCCGUAUGAAAUUGAUCACAACCAAGAACCCAUCAAUUACUAUUACAGAGGAAACAUUGAGGCGGACAUGCCAGAUUGCAUCGAGGGAUAUUAAGCCCCUAGAAUGGUUAUUGGCCGAGUAUCCUCAGCUGUCUCUCACAGAAAUUCCAAUGGCUGCUCUCCUUCGGGGCGGACAAUCUUCAGCAGUUGUGAAGACCAUCAAGGAGCACCUCCCGAAACUAAACAUUACGCAGACCCUGUUGACUGCAGCUGCUAAAAAUGAGUUUACGGAAAAGGCCUUGGAGUUGAUAUUAACUUUCGACAUCGGGGGAUUACUCUCGGAAUCGAUUCUUACAACUAUAGCAGGAUCCAAGCAUGCGGCAUCAAAAUUUAAAGUUCUCCUCAGGCUGCAUUCAGCCUCUGUGAGCGUAUCAGAUAUUGUACUUCGAGCUGCGUCUGAGACUCCCCAUGGAUCAGGUGCACUGCAAUGGCUGGUCUGGUUCUCAGAACCCAGAAAGCCGAACCAUACGCCUGUUUUGCCGUAUGACGCAAUGGUAUGGUAUCUUAAUCGAGAUCCAUCACCUACCAUUACGCAGAAGAUGCUUGUGGCAGUGGCACACCAACCGUGGGGUGGAGAUGUGCUAGCCCUGCUUCUCAAGCGCAACCCAUAUUUAUCAUUUCCAAGGAGUUGA